AUAUAUUCGUGACCUGAUCAGAUCUGGCGUCAACGAAGAUCCAUCCAAGGCCCCAUCAACCGCCAUCAACCACAACCUCAUCAACCAUCAUCAGCCAAGUACUGUACCGUGCGUCGAGUUAUAGCUGGCUGGCCAGAGGAGAGCACCUUACAGAAGGAAGGAAAGAUUGUCCAAUAAAUAAAGAUGCAAAAGAGAAAGCGAACAACGAGGUUGACCAAGAGGCGUAGUUCCCUGUUUCCUGCCGUUUUGGCGGGUAUCCUGCAUCGUCACAGUUGUCAAGCAUUUUCGGUCCAAUCUCGAACAAAUAGUUAUCAUCCGUUGGUGGUGGGUCAACAACCAUGUCGUUCAUCAUCAGAUUACCAUUCCUGCCCGAUACGACGGCAUCGACGUCUGACUACCAAAGUCAAUGGCGAUGAAGACUCGAAACGUCUUUCGUUGGCAGAUCAUUUCCGCAAGGCAGGAGCCAAAUUUAGAGCUAGACCAGGAACCUAUAUGAUUAUCCCCUGUGUGGCAGCUCUGGUCGGUUGGUUCACCAAUUGGUUGGCCGUACAAAUGAUAUUUUACCCCAUUCGAUUUCGGGGGAUUCCAUUAUGGAUCAAGGACGAAGUGCCAUUGGGAUUUCUGGGAUGGCAGGGGAUUGUGCCCUGCAAAACGAGACCCAUGAGUGAAGCCAUGGUACACAUGGUCACCUCACAGCUCCUCACGGUCAAGGAGGCAUUUGCCCGAUUGGAUCCCAGCGAAUUGGCCAAACGAUUGGCCCCGGAAGUCCCCAAGCUGGGAGAAAGUGUCUUGGCCGAUAUUGUGCCACAACAGCUCGUUGGAUUACCCAAGGCGGCCUUUUUCGGUCUUCCCGCCGUCUCGCAACGCAUACUGCAGCAUUUCAAUUUUGCAUUCUUACGAUCACUCUGUCAGGAUAUGAUAUCCAAUGUCGACAAUUAUUUCAACAUUCAAAACUGUGUGCAAAAUCAAAUGCUGCAAGAUCGAAGUUUGUUGGGAGAACUCUUCAAAAAGUGCGGACAAAAGGAACUCGACUUUUUGACCAACAGUGGCCUGUGGUUUGGAUUCUUAUUAGGCUUGAUUCAAAUGGCGGUGGCCUUGUUCUUUGAAAAUCCGUGGACACUUAGUAUCGGAGGCCUCAUUGUAGGACUGGCCACCAACUGGUUGGCAUUGAAAUGGAUCUUUGAACCCGUCAAUCCCACCCGAGUGGGGCCCUUUAUACUUCAAGGACAGUUCCUCAGACGACAAAAGGAAGUGGCGGCCGAAUUUUCCAAAUUCUUUGCCAAUCGCAUCUUGACCAGCCAUCAAGUAUGGAAUUCCAUCUUGACCGACCCAACAACCAGCCCUUCGUUUUAUGCGCUCUUUGCGAGACAUUUCAUGGGGUUUGCCAACCGCGUUACGGGAUGUUUGAGAAUCAAUGUCGAACCCGAGGUGAUUCAAAUGGCCACCAAUCGGGCCAUGACCAAACUACCGGAACAUAUACCGGUCUUGCACUCGUACAUUGACCGAACGCUGGGAUUGGAAGGCACGCUGCGGGUCAAAAUGGAACAAAUGACAUCGUCGCAGUUUGAGCGAGUCUUGCAUCCAAUCUUUGAAGAGGAUGAAGCCACGCUGAUUGCCGCUGGAGCCGUCCUUGGCUUUGCAGCUGGUCUGAUACAGCAAGGUCUGGAGACGGGUAAGAUCAAACUGCCGGAUUUCUGGUCGCCAGUGGCCAAGAAGAUUGGGCCCUACUUGGAAUACCCUCGAUCCCAGCUAGCUGUGUUUGGGAACAAAGCCAAGGCAUCGAUUCGUACCCUGGCCACCAAAGUGCGGGCCACGACAACUCAAAGCUGGAGAUCUUUGAAUGGUAGCAGCGCCAAUGGUGUCAAAUCGCCAGGAUCAUCAUCAUCCAAAUCAACGACUGCAAAUCAGGAUAUAGGGGACAGCUCAAAUGAUGCAUCCAAUAAUGGAGACAAUGCGGAGAGAACGGAUGAAGAUCAGGAUGGUUCAGAAGACGAACAAAAGAAGUAGCGCCAUUGGCCUUGCUCGCUAGCUAGCUAAUCUUGAACUAUGUUUUUUCAAAGGCGUCU